AUGGAUGACCCGAUUAUGUGGGGGUUUCUUCCGAUGCGGUACUGGCUGACCCUUUCCUCGUCGAAUAAACGCUGGGGAUUUGGAAGCCACGAUAUCUGCUACCAGACCAGACCCCUGGCGCUGUUUUUUACAAUGGGCCAGGUCCUUCCCACCCACCGACUCGCCCAUUCGCCACACGGUGGUCUGGCACAACCCGUUGUCACCCAGGCGAUCCGAUUGCUGUCGAAAGGCCCAUUCGCCGCCGACCCCCAUCUCGCCCGCCCCGAGCGGCAAUCGUGGAGCUUGCAGAAUGUCUGCGUCGACCCCUUCUCGGAUCUCCCGAUGGCGUUCACGACCGACGGUCACGAUUCCCACCUGUCCCCGUCCUCCUUCGCCUGCAACUCCUAUUCCUGGUUCCACAUCUUCCCCGAGGGCAUGAUCCACCAGGCGCCGAACAAGACAAUGCGAUAUUUCAAGUGGGGGGUCGCCCGGCUCAUCCUCGAGGCCAGUGAAUGUCCCGAUGUUGUGCCCAUCUGGCUGGAGGGUCUCGACCAGGUCAUGCACGAGAGCCGCGAGUUCCCGCGCUUCCUGCCUCGGGUCGGCAAGGAGGUCAGCAUCACGUUCGGAAAGAAGGUCGAUACAGAAGCCGUCUUCGGCGAAUCGCGGAGGAAGUGGCAGCAGAUCAGGGCCAAGGCGGAGCGCACAUCGCCCGACGCCCGCGACCUCCCGCUCGGAGUGCUGAAUGACGAGCUCCUGUACGGGCCGGAGGCGGUCGAGCUGCGCAAGGAGGUGACCAUGAAGGUUCGGAACCUGGUUCUCGAGGUGCGGCGGUCUCGAGGCCACUCGGAUGAAGACCCCAAGGCGGGUCUCGCGGAAACGUGGAUUCGAGAAGGUCCCAGUCGGGAGGGGAAGAAGUUGGAUGAGUCUUGGAAGUUCAAGAAGAAUGCCUAUGCGAAGCCAGCGAGUACAGCCCAUCACACACUGGCCUCCGGCGGUUCCCGCACCAAAGACCAUGAUCGCCUCCGCCCCUCGUCCACCUCCGAGCAACAGCAACAGCAACAACAACAAUCACAGCCCUCCGUGAACGAGCUGAUCGACCACCUCCGCCGCACCCAAGUCACACGAACCCCCGACCAAAGACCCGAAAACUCCUAUCAGUUCGUGGUCCCCCGCUCGGUCCACCCGUCGCUGCGCAAUCUCCUCGAGCUCCCCGAGACCCCGCCCCCGCGCCCGCGGCCAGGCUCGCGCCGCCACGCCGUCGUCGGCGCACGACGGGGCACGCGACGAACCGCCGCCGGACCCCCCGCCCCUCAGAGCUGGCUCGUGGGGAACUACGGCCGCGAGGAAGAGAAUCAGAAAGUGGACGACGAUGGCGCCGCGACGGAGACCCGCACCAUCUACCGACUGGAGGGGCGCCUGCCCGGGACGACGUUCCCCGCCCGAGGGAGCCUGCAGCAUACUGUGCUGAAGUCCAUGGCGCUCUACUGGGCGUGGCAUCUCGAGUACGACGGGCCGUUUCUCGCGGACCUGCCGAAUCAUGUCAAGGUCCGACUGCUCAGUUAUCUCGGUGUGUACACCCGGGACUAUCAGAUCCCGCCGGGGUUGGGGCUGCGGCCGUUGUUCCCUCGCGCUCAGCAUCAGCAGCAGCAGCAGCAGCAGCAGUUGGAUGAUGACUUCGCGGCCGCCCAUGCGCACAGCAGUGAGGCAGGCGCAGCGCACGAGAACGACGACGAAAUCACCCGCCUCGAUCUCAGCAGCGCCCUAGGCCGCUGGCUCACGCUCAAGCAAAUCUCCAGCGAACUGCUCCUCACGACCAAGCAAUCCACUCAAGCCAUCCAACCUACCCCCAACGAGCCAGCCUCCGCCUCCACCGUCCCAUCCUCCUGGGAAGACGAAUCCGACGACCACCAACUCCCACCCCCACCCCCACAACCCCAACCCAGUCCAUCCACACCCCUACCAACAACCCUGCUGCGCACCCCGCGCUUCACCAACCUCCGGUACCUCUCCCUAGCCCACCCGACCCCGGCCUCCGCGAACUGGAACCACCUGAUCCCGCUCCUCGCGCGUCUCACGCGCAUCACCCACCUCUCGCUGGCCCACUGGCCCCUCCCGACCGCCACUCCGCACGCCCGCACCGCCACCGUCCGCCACCCGGCCCACCGCGCCCUCACCUUCGCCUACGGCGGCACGGACGCCUACGCCGCCGCCGAGAACAACUGGGCCGAGGUCGCGGGCCUCCUGCGCCGGCUGUCGCGCGCCACCUACUGCCUGAAGUGGCUGGAUCUCGAGGGCUGCGGGGACUGGAUCUCCGCCUUGAACUGGGUCGGCCACGGCCCCGACGGCGAGGUGUAUCCCUCCGGUCCCGAGUGGAAUGGCUCCUGGCGCGACGUCGAGUUCGUCCGGUUGGGGGCCGGGUGGGUCCCUUCGCUGGAGGGGGGUGAUGAUCCUGCUACUGGCCAGCAGCAGCAGCAGCAGCGCCAGCUAGAUGGUGAAGGCGGCAGACCUGGUACCCUAGGGCAAGGUGGAGGUGGGGAGAGGAGAACCCUGGCUGCGUCGAUGCAUGCCCCCCCACCUCCUCCUUCGCUGGAUGCUGACGGCGGCGAUGGCGAUGGUCUUCCCUGGGACGUCGAGGAGGAGAGGAUCAAGUACCGGCGCUUGAAGGCGGUGCAGCGGUACCGCCAGAUCGUCACGACGGCGAAGGAGGUGCAGAGGAACGUGCAGCGGGUCCGGAAGGAGGGCAAGGGGAAGUGGGUGACCUUCUCGUUUGGGUUGGAGGGGUUGGAGGACGAUGCGUUGAAGAGGUUGCUUGGGCCCCGGUGGUUGGAUCUGCUGCCUUGA